UUGAUUUUCGCUGGCAAGCAGUUGGAAGAUGGUCGUACCUUAUCAGACUAUAACAUCCAGAAAGAAUCAACACUUCACUUGGUUUUGAGACUUCGUGGAGGUACAAUGGAGCCUACCCUUCGCAUCUUAGCCAUGAAGUACAACUGUGACAAGAUGAUUUGCCGCAAGUGUUAUGCUCGCCUUCAUCCCCGCGCUACAAACUGCCGCAAGAAGAAGUGCGGCCACACUAACAACCUGCGCCCUAAGAAGAAGAUUAAGGAUUAG